GGAGUCAGGAGUGACAUGUGAGGGUGAUGCAGGACAUGUAUGAGGCCAGAGGGACGGUGGUGAGACGCGCUGUGCUGCUGAUGAACCACCAUAAACAGGUCUCAUGUAGUACUGCGGUAAAGGACGGCUUCCAGCUUCAGCUUCUUUCUGCAAAGAGUCUCACUGAAUCAUGCCCGACAGGAUCUAAUAUCAUAUUUGGAUAAACACCGCCUGCGCGAACAAGCGACGACGGGCGCAACCGGCUGUUUAAUAAAGCGCACCCACAACCGAUUGGCUAUGUGUUUUGUGACGUUAACGGAUGUAGAGCGAAUACAAUGGUCCGCCGUAACGCAAGGAAAGAAAGCAAGCAUGAGGAUUUCCAACAGUCACCUGCAGCAGCUCACCAUCUUCACCACUGUGCUGACGGGUGGAGGGAUUGGCACCAUGUACUACCUGCUACAGAAGAACUUUGCUGAGUCAGAUUACCACAGGCUGGCUUUGCAGGAGUUGGAGGCAUGUCCAGUUGCCAUGGAAAGCCUGGGGGCGCCACCUUUAAAGGUCCACAACAUCCAUCUGACUGACAGAUACAACCAUGUAGAUAAGCACACUGCACAGAUAAAGAUUCCUGUGACAGGGAUUAAAACCGGAGGCUAUCUGUAUACAUCUUCACUGAGAGAUCCCAACACAAACAGGUGGAAUCUGAAACAAGCAGUUCUAAAGCUCAGGGAAGGAAAUGUCAUUGACCUGCUGAAUCCUCCAUCAACUACAGCACAAACCCAGGCAGCAGAGCACACAGACAGUGUAGACAUAGGCCGCUGGCACUGACCAGCUUUAUGAACAAACAACUAUGCCUGCUAGAGGAAGCAGGUGCUGAAGAUGUUUUGAACUAUAUUUACUCCACAUUUAUUGUAUGGUCAUCUCUUUGGGGAACCAUCAAGAAGAAAAGCUCUGUCAGUGCCACGGACUGCUGCAGACUGUUGUAGCUGAUUUUGAUUACAUAGUGUUAGAGCUGAGUUGACUUGUGCACUCAUUGCUGCCUUUGUCUUCAAGUGAAUCCACAAGUCAUUACAAAUGUACAAAUAUGUGCCAAUCAAUAAAUGUUACAAAUGGAUUAGUUUCUAAUGAUCCAUAAUUAAUUUUCACACAGACUUGCAGAUGUGUGUGUCUGUAUGUGUUCAGGGGAAAUGGUAUAAUAUUCAUAAAACAGGACGUAAAGCUGUGGUUUCACUUCUACCGUAACCUUCUGCUUCCUGUGCAGAUGUAGAGCAAACACACAACCACCAAUAUAAAGAAUGCAUAUUUGCCAUGCUCGGCUUUCUGUGGUUUCUCUUCAGCUUUUUAUCCUGUUAUUUUUGCUACACUCGGUCUCGGUCAAAAUUUCCAAAAUACAACACUUGAAGCUAUGUGUGCGUGUGCAUGCAUUAUUAUUUGGUCAUAAUACUUUUCCUACUGUCACAAAGAUUUUCAGACAAUGUUUUAUGGAAAUGGUUGGACAUGUACACUUUAGAUCCUUACAUUUUAGGACAGUGAGACAGUUUUUGUAAUUUUGUCUCGGCACAGCACCACAGUGGAUUUUACUUCAACCAACAUGUGAUUCAAGUACAGGCUUUUAGUUUUAACAAAAGAACAGAUUAAUUUUAAAUAAAGGAACUGUCGUUUAAUACUUGGAUGAAAAUCCUUUGCAGUCUAGAGUCCAUGAACAUCACCAAAUACAGUUUUCUGUUCUUUUUGUGUUGUUUCGUGCAGGUGCAGAAGUUCUUCCUUUUUUUCCUGCCUGUCAGCUUAGACAUUGUCAUACUGCACAUGAACUAUAACAGCUGAAAUAACAAUAAUAGAAAUGAAUGAAUAAAGAGAUAAAAGAAAUCCGGGAACAAGAGGAGCCUGUAGAGAAUUUAUAGGGCUCUGAUUGCAAAAGCUUACAGACAAGACAGUUUGUUCUUUUUAAUAUAUUGUUUUCAAA